GCUCAAGCGAGAUCCUCAUUGGUCACCAGUGCUUUGAGUCGCAACCAAUUCCGUUGACCUUCUUGAGAUCGUCAUGGCGUCCGAAGAUGAGUCCAAGGUGGAGUUUGUCUGCCGUAUGUGCCGUGUGUUGCUGUUCACGAGCGAUGACCUGUUGCAGCAUGAGCCUCAGAAGCACCAAAUCUCACAGCGCAAGAAACUGAAAGAGUCCAAGCUUGGCGCGGUGGACUGCAGCUCCUUCUUUCUCGUAGACACGAAGGAAUGGAUGGACGAGGCGUCGCUAGCAGAAGGGAAACUGCUGUGCCCGGUGGCCAAAUGCAAUGCCCGCCUCGGGUCGUUCGGGUGGAGCGGUAGUCAGUGCUCGUGCGGCACGUGGGUCACGCCGUCCGUGCAGUUCACAAAGAGCCGCGUCGACGUCAAACUGAAGAUGAACAUCCAAGCUGUCUAUGUUCCCGUCGUGGAGUCUGCCGUCGCCGCUGUGGGGGCUCCUGCUGCAGUGGUCGAAGCGUCGACCAACUCCGAAAGCCCCCCGAUCCCGUCAGCGUAGACACGAGAGUGCAAUCCGUUUCGGUGGUUUGUAACUAGCCAAUGCAUCCCAUGGACGAUACAACUUGAAUAUAUUUACACUCCGACUACA